GUUUGGAAUGCUACCCAAAUUGAAAUCGUUAUUGAAAUUCGUGUUGUGUUGUGCGUAAGGUGGUCAUCCAGAUAAAUCAUCGAGCGAAAAAUAAACUUGCUUCGACGUUCAUUCACUCGCCCACGCAAGGUAUCAGACAUCCAAACUCAGUUAUAUGUCUGUCUGCACGCGCGGAGUGUCAAACCAAGGAUGCCAGGUGCAGAAGACACGUGCGUUUUUCUCCUUCAAUUCCCUUUCUCUUCCUCAGACUCAUGAACAAAGCUACCACUGGGCCCUCGUGAUCGGUCCCGCGAAUCCAACUCCCGAUUCCACUGGCCGUCGCUUUCGCGCCAAAAACACUCUCCUUCCAAACUCGUCUACCGGGGAGCUAGAGCAGAUCUGGAUGGCCGAAGAACAUGAAUGCAGCAUGAUGACGGAAGACUUUCUGCUUGGACGCAUCGUCAUCGAUACGGUUCACGAUUCUGAGGCGUUGGUGGACGUGUUGAGGAAGGUGAAUGUGGUGCAAGGAGAUUGUGUGCAUUGGGUAAGACAGACUUUGAAUGUGUUGAAAGGAAAAGAAGGCGUUCUGGAAGACUGUGUGGAAGACUGUGUCUUGGACUGGAAUGAAGUCCGGGAUGGAGUCAUGAGGUUCAUGGCGAAAAAGAGGGAAUAGAGGAGGUGGGAUGGCAGUGCUGGGUUCAAUAUCACGUGGCCGCCGACUUUUGAUUUGGUCAAGGACAAAGAGACGGUUGCCUGAA